UCGCCGGCCGCCCGCGCAGACCGCAGUCGACCGGCGCCGCGGCUCGAGUCUCGACUUCACCCUGGGCUUGACAAACGGCUGUGGUGUAUAAUUGUAUACCAACAUCAAAAAUAACAUCAUCCGGCUUCUUCCAGACAAGAUAAUUACUUUAAAAAAAAAAAAUGUCCAAGCGAAAUAACGAUGAAGAAGUCGCUAUAAGCCGACCUAGGAAAAAACCACAUUUUGAUCCAGUUGGACUUAAUAGUAAAUCGACCGAAUUCUCAAAAUAUGACAAUAAAAGAUUAGCUCAGAGACUUGUACAAAAAAACAAACUGGUGGUAGAAUUAAGAAACAAAAUUACCCGCCUUGAUCAGCGCCAAACCGAAAAUGACUUAGUUUCAAUUGUCAUUAAAGCAAUAAAUCGCUAUUGGGAUCGAUGGGACGAAGAUUUUCAUUUACUGUUGCAAAAAUAUGACAGUGAAUCUGUACACAAUUUCAAACGCCAAGAUAAAAGGGAAAAUACUGAUUGUUUAUUGCACUUUCCAAAAGCGGACGUAAAGGAGUUCAGUAAAAAUCUAUCUAAUCGUCAGGAAUUAUCUAAACAAGCAGUAGGAAAAAUCAUUGAAACGUUUGAAAAACUAAUGGAAAAAAAAGAAAAAUUAUCACUUGCCAUAAAAGGGGAAUUGGAAUUGGAUGAAGGGGAGCCAAAAAUGUAUAGUGUAAUCAAAGAGAUUAAUGAACAACUUUGCACUGAGAAUCAAAACUUACAAGAUUUAAACUCAAAAUUAUUUUGCUUGUCCAAGGAUAUGAUAUCCCAGUUGGAUGGUCUUAAGCGUACUACUGUAGAAAAAGAAAUGGGACUCAAAAAAAUGCGUAACCAAUUCAAAGAACUACAAAAUGAAAACAAACUAUUUCUAGAACAAAACAAUCAACUUGAAACACAAUUGGCUGAAUCAUUGGAAGUCAAAACAAUGGGAACCGUUGAUAAAACUGCUCAUGAACAAGAGAAACCGAAUUAUGGAGAAUCCGAAUUAGACAAAUUAGACGUAUUAGUAAAAACAAUAUUGAAUUUAUCUAACAGUCCAUGUGUUGAAAACGACUCCUUCGACAGCGAUGAUAGUGACAAUAAUGCUAAUACUUCUUAAUCUAAAUAAUCAUCGUCAAAAGUUUAAAAUACUAUACAUUUAAAUAAACAUUACAUUUGUAUUCUUUUUGUGCUAAAACUUUUAUUAAUUUUACUUUUAUUAUAUUCAAACUAUACUAGCUUAAGUGGCCAAUUAAUUUUAGUGACCCGUUAAGGACCAUCGUUGUAAUUUUCAAGGAGGAUGUUUAUGGACACAUUUGGUUUUUGGAGAGGGAUAAUUGGUCUGUUGCCAUUAAACUGAAUUUACCGAGUGCGGAGCUGACUAAAGUGAGUACUACACACUCUGUACUGGUCUCUUAAAUUAAUUAAUAGCAAGAGUAUUCUUGUAUUUCAUAAUGUAUCUCAAUAAAACACCAAAAAAUAUAUAAUAAAGUCAAUUCUAAACGCAAUUAUUAAUAUUAUACACAAUUAAUAAUUAAGGUAUACUAUUAGAACUAUAUUUGUAGACAUAGAUACUUGAAUACAUAUUGUA